GUCACUUCCGGCCGGACGCACAGCUGAUGCGUGACGUUUUGUUUUGGUCGCUGAUCUCCGGGACGUUAGAAACCGACGGUUCCCGCACAUCUCCGGCCUCCCCCCGCAUCUCCGUCUCCUCGCCACGCGUCAGUGCGGGGCCGCAGCAAACAUGAAAUGGAUGUUUAAAGAGGAUCAUUCCCUCGAGCACCGAUGUGUAGAGUCGGCCAAAAUACGCAGCAAAUAUCCCGACAGAGUACCGGUGAUAGUGGAGAAGGUCUCCGGCUCUCAGAUAGUGGACAUCGAUAAGAGGAAGUACCUGGUGCCCUCUGACAUCACAGUGGCCCAGUUCAUGUGGAUCAUCAGGAAACGCAUCCAGCUGCCUUCAGAGAAAGCCAUCUUCCUCUUCGUCGACAAAACCGUGCCCCAGUCCAGUCUGACGAUGGGCCAGCUCUACGACAAGGAAAAGGACGAGGACGGUUUCCUGUACGUGGCCUACAGCGGAGAGAACACCUUUGGUUACGACGCCUUUCACACAACACGUGGUUAAUGCUCAACUGAACACCAGUCACAGACACACACACACACAGACACACACACACACAAUAUGAUGACCUGCACCAUGAUUCUACAACAAUUUUUUCGAAAGGCCCAGAUCAAUUUAAUGGUUUAACUGUUUAAAGGAGAGAAAUAUCUUUAACACUGCCAUAAAAUAAAAUAAAAAUAAUCACCACCCACAAUGAGCACAUCACUUCUCAUUAGUUUUAUUAACGUCAUCAGUGUCGGACUCAAAUAAAAACACGCACAUGCAUCAUUACACACGACACGAUCAUGCUUCAGUUGGUUUCCGUGCAGUUUUAUUGUCACCGAGAGAAAUCCUGUAAUCAUAUAGUCAAUCAAUCAUUAAUCUCAUUAUGGAUGUAUUUAUAUGUCAUGUAUUAAGACUUAGAUAUGUAAUUUAACUCCACACGUACACUCCAGCACCACAGUUGGCAACGAGGGCGACUAUAAGCAUGUGACAGGGGGCGGAGCAGGCUGCUGGCGUGGUGAACGAGGGGGGCGGGGCUGUAAAGUGGCGAGGAGGCAGCGGGUUUAGAGCGUGUGUUCCGCUCAGGGCCCGGGGGCCAGCACCAGUCCCUGGGGUGUUGCUAACAUUAGACUCCACCCAGGAUUCAGACCUGUGAGGCCAACAUGUACCUGAGUGAACUGCUAAAGAACUCCCAACACAAGUUUAUUUGUAAGUUUAUUUAAAUCUGAUGCAUGCUCUGUAUAAAACCUUUAGCAGUUUCCUGUUGUUGCAUUGAUGGAGUUAAAGGUAAAUGACGCGUCACACCAGGUACGUGAUCACGGUAUAAUAAGUUCAUUUGAAAGGCAACUUGAAAACACACGUCAGUCGUCAAGUGACUCACUAUGUUGCACUGGAAGAGAAUCAGAACAACUGUUUACACCCCACUGAGACACAAACACGGAGGCAGCUGCGUGUUUCCUGAGCUGUGACACACACACACACACACACACACACACAUCAAACAGGUGCAUGACAACAACAUCACGAGCUUCGUUAUCCUGAGGUUUUUACCAGACACACAACAUUCAACCCUGUCGCUGCAAAUUUUAAAGUUGAACAUGUUUGUGAAUAAAAUCACCGGAGGCAGAUUUAUCCUGAGCAGAGUUUAAAUCCCAUAAAAACCAAAAGCCACGUCCAGUAUUUCAAGCGCAGCGCUGCUCGGGUCUCUGGCUGCGCAGGUGUCCGAGAGGUGAAGCCAGAAUCCAUCGUUCCUCUCGCUCCUGAUGAAUCUGUCGCUGGCGUUCUGUCCACAGCUGAAGCUUUUGGUGCUGAAUCGGAGCGACACACCUGCUGUUCCACAAGGCUGACUCGAGGCUUUUGAAAAUGCUCUGUAGAAGUGUAAUAUAAUGAUGACGGAAUGCUAUGAUAUGGAGGAUUGUUUUAUUUCAUCUGUGUUGUAUGAUCGUUAAAUAUAUUUAAAAAGAAAACGUAGCAGAGUUUUAGAUAUUUGAAAAAGGUGAGGCAGCUGGAAGAGCUGACCAAUAAAAGUCAAUACAAAAUGAAA